GUGUUCUGUAAGAAGUAAAGAUUUUUAUAGCUUGCUUCGCUGAAUGUCAAGAACUCUUUCUGAGGACCACCAACAGAGAGUGAUUCCCAGAACUCCAAGCUUCCUUCUGGCUAUGGCUUGAGGUGCCACCCUCAAGAAAAAGUGAGGGAGAGAGAGAGAGAGGGACAGAGAGAAGAAGGGAAGGAACAGUCCUGGAGGUUGGGGUGGAGAGAACAGCAUCGUUGCACAGUUUUGAAUGUGAUGAAGUGACAAGAGGUUGAAAUAAUGGCUCAAGUGCUGCAUAUGGACACCAGCUUCCCAGGAAAGAUUAACCCUCCAGCUCCAACUUCUCUGCACGCAAAGGACUCAGAGGCUCCUUACUCAGUAGAGACCCCCUAUGGUUACCGUCUGGAUCUGGACUUCCUCAAAUAUGUUAAUGACAUUGAGAAGGGUAACACCAUAAAGAAGGUGCCUGUGCAGCGCCGGCCACGAUAUGGCUCCCUGCCCCGCGGAUAUGGCUACACUGGCUCAUGGUGGACCUCAACCGAGUCCCUGUGCUCCAAUGCCAGUGUGGACAGCCGCCACUCAUCAUACUCUUACUGUGCCCCAGGCUACCACACCUCUCAACGGCCUGGCUUCGGCACAGCCCGUGUGGAAAAGACCUUGCUUGAUGCCCGGCGCAAGCUGGAGGAGGAGAAAGAUGCACGGCGCUUCUCCAACCUAGGCAGCAUGCAUAGCAGUGUAGCCGGCUCUAACACUUCGAUUUCUAGCGCCCACAGCUUCAACCGGGCCCAGGCAGGUGGUGGUUCGUACACACCGGCCAGCUCAGGCCUUUCCACGCCCGUGUCCCCUACCCCGGCCCACUUGCAGCAUGUUCGUGAGCAAAUGGCCCUGGCUCUGAGGAAGAUACGUGACCUAGAGGAGCAAGUGAAGACCAUCCCUGUGCUGCAGGUGAAGAUUUCUGUGCUGCAGGAGGAGAAGAGGCAGCUCAGUGUGCAGCUCAAGAGCCAGAAAUUCCUGGGCGUGGGUCGGGGUCGACCACGGGAGCUCUACAUCGACAUCCCUGAGGAAGAUGUUGGGGCUGGAACCACCAAGGCAGAAGCAGGACUGUCGCCAACCGCACCUGAUGGCUCACGCCAGGACUCAGGCUGUGAGAUUGAAGACACAGUGAUUGUGGGUGGUGCACGGCCUGGGAACAGGAAGGAAGUUCGCACCAUUGGUGUGGGUCCUGAUGUUGAGGAGAAUAAAGGCACCCGUCAGGUGGGAGUAGGUGUGUGUGAGGAAGACUUGGGCUUGCUGCCAGAAACAGCAGCUCUGAAGACCAAGGUGGAACAGCUAGAGGUACAACUGAAGAGGACAGUGCAAGAGCUGCAGAGUGCCCAAAAGAAGGUGGAGUCAGCCCAGAAGGAGAGGGAAAGGCUGGCAGGACCCCCACAGGCUGACCGUGCUGUUAGGGCUACCAGCCUGGGUUGGCAGGAGCAGCAGCAGGGCCGGGUUGGGGCUGGCCUUCACACAGUGGUCAGCUUCACCCAACAGGACCAGCAGAAGCAGCAGAGGACAGUAGGAAUCCAGGUGUACACACUGGAGCAGCCCACAGUGGUGGGAGUUGGCACUCUGUUGAGGGCUCAAGACUGCAGUUCCCCCACAAGACCUCUCUCUGCAGCCCUUCUGGAGGGGGGGCCUCACAGAGGACAUGCUGAACCGCUAGUUGCAGAAGAAUCACCAAGAGAGCUGCCAAUUGCAAUAAGCUCCAAGCAGGUACGAGACAUUUUGAGAAGCGAAGUGUCCAUGUCAGUGCCCGUCACCAGCCCUGCUAUUGCUGUGGAGACAAAGUGCAAUCAAGUGGCUCCCCUUUGCCUGAGGCUGAAGGAAGGAGAGGCACACCAGCAGCCAGCCACAGAAGUCAUCCAGUCACAUGAAGAUACAACCAAACCAGCCUCCCCUCAGUCCAGCUUGAGAUCCAUAAUGAAGCGGAAGGCAGAAAAAGAACCAGGCUCUCCCUCAACCAAGAAGAAUCUGCAGUUCAUAGGAGUUAAUGGAGGGUACGAGUCCACGUCAACAGAGGAAAGCAGUUCUGAGAGUUCAGAGGACGAGAGUGAUGCAAGUGAAUAUCAUGAGGCCACAGAAAAGCUACCAGAAUCUGCAGCUCAACAGCCUCAGGCAGCCUCUGUCACCAGCCCUGCUGUCUCUGCCUCUGAGUUCCCCAAAUCAAUAGAGACAGAAGCUGGCCCUGCACCUCAGCACAGCACUGUCCCACCUUUAGUCAACGAGGCUUCCACUCUGCAGAGCCCCAACCAGUCACCAGCCUUAGAUACUGCUGCAUGGCAACAGGUUAUCCAGUCACCAGCCUCAGAUACUGAUAAACAGCACUGUGCAAGCCAAUCAUCUACCACUGCCAUGACUCCUCAGGACAGAGUCAGCCAAUUAGCAGAGACAAGUCCUACUCAGCAGCAUACCUCCCAAAGCACUGUCACUUCCCCUGAGCAAAGCUACAUCCAGUCAUCUGCCACCUGCAUGGUGUUGGAACAAACUGUUAACCAAACCAAAACCACUGACUCCAGUUCUCAGCAGAAUUCUACCCAAUCAGAGGCCUCAAGACUGACCUCUCAGCAGCCCACUACUUUAUCCUAUACCUUUGGCUCCUCUCAGUCAAAUGCCAGCCAGUCACAAACCACUGACCUUACUCCAAAGCAGGGACCCCUCAAAUCAAAGGUUUCAGAUACUUCUGCACAAGAGGACACGGUCCCAUCUCCAGCCAGCACUCCAACUACAAAUACCUCCUCAAAUGCAACCAAACAGGAAAGCAGAGGGGAAUUGAGUGAGGGCCUCAUGGCAGCCCUUCACACCUUGCAGAAAGCACUUGCUGAACCAAAUGCCUUCAGCCAGCAGGCGGCGAGGACAGCCUACACUACAGUGCUGCAGGAGUGGCUGCGAGUUUCAUGCCACAAAUCAGCGGAUACAGCAGCAGUCCGGGCCUACAUGGAUGCCUUUGCCUCCAUCUCACUCCAGCUACUAGAGUUUGUGGUCAACAUGGCAGACGGCAAUGGAAACACAGCACUGCACUACACUGUCUCACACUCCAACUUCCCUGUGGUCAAACUGCUGCUGGACACAGGUCUCUGUAACGCGGACAAGCAGAACAAGGCUGGAUACACUGCUAUCAUGCUGACAGCUCUGGCUGCCUUCCACUCUGACAGCGACCUUCAGACUGUACUGCAGCUGCUCCGCACAGGAGACGUCAAUGCCAAGGCCAGCCAGGCAGGGCAGACAGCUCUGAUGCUAGCAGUUAGUCAUGGCCGAGGGGACAUGGUCAGGGCCCUGCUGUCCUGUGGAGCUCAGGUCAACUUGCAGGAUGAUGACGGCUCCACAGCUCUCAUGUGCGCCUGUGAGCACGGCCAUGUGGACAUUGUGCGACAGCUGCUGUCUGUGCCAGGCUGUGAUGCCACUCUCACAGACAAUGAUGGCAGCACUGCUCUCUCCAUAGCACUGGAGGCCAGUCAGAAUGACAUUGCCGUGCUUCUGUAUGCCCAUCUCAAUUUUGCCAAGCCGCCGUCCCCUGUGUCUCCAAAGUCUCCAAUUUUGGGAUCCCCACCGACUUCAUCCGAAAUGAAGUGAAGGAAUAAAACAGAUAGGCCAAUACUUCCUUUUCCACCAAGUUCCUGGCCUCUACCAUGUGUAUAUGUGAGAGAGAUUUGUUUGUGAUUUGUCUGAGAGAUUUUGCAGGCACAGGCACAUCUUACUUCUGUAUACAUUUGCCCUGUGUGACUAUAUUUGGGUGAUUUUGAAAUGUAUGUGUGCACCCUUCCAAGAUGUUAGCACUUGGUGUCAUUCAAAUAUAUUUUCGGUGGUGUUUUAGCGGUACUUUUUCACCUGCUCAUUCCAUCAUAGAACAGAAAACCCACACCAGGCUUCCUAUCCCAUGAUUUUUUUAAACAAAUUUACUUUUGUUGCAUUGAUUUGCUGGUUAGCGUAUUUGAUCCCACAUACAGUAGAAAAUCAAUUAAAUAAUCUGUCUAUUAAUAUACUUUAUGCAGCAGCGUUGCCUUUGUCUUGAUGGGGUGGAAAAAUAUUAGGUUAGUAACUUUACCUCCAUGAUUAGUGAAUUAGCCAUAUUCUAUUUAUAAAUUUAAAUGCUACAAUUAUUCACUAUUCAGAACGUACUAUACGUAUUGAAGCCAUGGUGCUCUGGCCCAGGGGUUCUUAACCUUUUUCACAGUGCAACCUUUUUCUGUCCCAGUAUACAUCCCAGUAUACAAAUGAUAGAAAUUACAGUAGAAUAACCAAAUGUAAGUCUAAUUGCUUACCCCACAAACACCACAAACCACAAAUCUUUUGCCUGGUGCUGAAGUCCCAGCUUAGCUAAUAGAAAUGUAUAAUCCUUCAUAACCUGUCUUCCAUGGCCUGUGGGUGGAGCCAUUCGGCAGAGAGUGUAUGCACAACUCUCUUAUCCCCCUGAACCACAUCACAACCCCUAAGGGGGUCCUGACCCCCAGGUUAAGAACCCUUCCUCUAGCCAAACACUGUUUUUUAUUGACUUUUUACAACAAAUAAAGUCUUUGAUAAGGCGUGCUAAGUUAUGCACAUGAGAAUAUUCUGACCAGCCGUUUUUAAAAGUAUUGUUUUGAUAGAUGUCUUUUACACAAGUCCAUAGAUCAAUGCUGGGUCCUGUAUGACUGAUUCACAGGGGAAAGUUGUCAGUUCAAAAGUUUAAUAAUGAUAAUAUUGUGAUCUUUUUACUAUUUGGUUACAGUUUAUAACGUCUACACCUGUACAGCAGUGUGUCAAAAAGGAUUUGCCUUAGCUUGUUUUUGUGCAGACUAACAGCAAUAUUACCUGCUCUCCACGUAUAUUGAUUAUUGUCACCGUACUAGAUAGAGUUGCAGCUGCUGAUUCUUCCCCGACUCGUGUAGCUUCAGUGUGUGGACUAUGGUUUUGCCUCUGACCGUGAAGGAUACAGCCUUUUAGAAUGUGUAUGCUAGACUGUAGAAAUGACUUGUUUGUAAUUAUAGAUGAUGUGGGCUCUCCAAAGACAAAAUAGCAAAUAGUUGGACUGAACUUUCCAAAUCCAUGUUGGCAUUUCACUUGAGAGUGUCUGCACAGUGAGGAUCGCACAUGUUGUCAGAGAUGUUUAAAAAGUAGUGAGGUUCCACAUGACUUUGAAGGGAUUGGUAGAGAUGUUUUGCUGAGGCUGGGAUGGACUGUGGGUGGAGCUAGUGUUCCUUGAUGCUGAAGUGGGCACUGUACUGUGCUUCUCAACCAGUUGCUGUUGUGUGGGUCUAGAAAGUGUGGAAAAAAAAAGGCUCAGAACUAUCUAAGAAAAAUGUCUUGAAUAAGAUGCUUUCUGAAAUAUGAAUAAUAUAUGUCAUUCCCAAAGGUUUUAAGUAAAUGACUAUACAAGUUCUUUUAGCUUUUAUCCACACAGGUUAUUAACUGUUUGAAUUGCAAUCAUUGUGUAAUUUGAUGGGUAACUAGAUUUUUAAUCAUGGUUUUUACACAUGCUUUCUUAUCACCUGUUUCGGAGCUAAUUGGUUUUUAUAAUCUUUUAUAUUUGUUUUAUUUAACUCUCUCUGUAUAUCUUUAUAUUUGUAAUAUCUGUUCACAAAUUCUGUAUAUCUUUUGGCACAUUUGCCCUUUUAAUUAGCAUCAUGUACCCAUACAAAAAAAAAUCCACACUUUGUAAUGUUUUGUUUUCCUCGUUUUUGAAGAAAUAAAUUUAGACCUUAUAGACUUGGGUCAUG